AUGUCGUCUCCAGACUCAGAUCAUAUUGCCCUUAGCGAGAAACUUCUCGAGCGCCGUCACCGACUGACCGAGGGACUCAAAAGCUUACCGUAUGAUUUGAUUCUUUAUCUCGAGCGGGCGGCCGUGUACGCGGAUCUUGGUUACCCCGAUCUCGCCGCUGGCGACGCAUAUCGAGCACUUCUCCUUACUGAUGAAGUAACGAACGACGGAUUCGAAUACCAUGAGCAAUCCUUGGAAUGCUUAAGCAAAUAUGUCGGCGUACCCCUUCCAGAGGUACUGGCCCAUAGCCAGAUUGCCAACGAAUAUCCUGAUCUGGUCAAUGGCGGCCCCAAGGAUGAGGAUGAUGCAUUUAACCAGCUAGCAAGCGUUGCAUCGGUACGGGCGUAUCAGAUACUGUCACUGAGUCUCUUGCUGUGCGGUUGCUUGAAAAGUGCCUCUCAGUUUUGUGAUCGAGGCCUGGCAGUUGCUCCGCAAAAUGCGAAGCUGCUUCACACCAGGGGGCAUAUCGACAACGUGGCUAGACAGAGGCUAGGCCGCCAAGAUUUCGAUGCCAGUGAUUUACCCGACUUUGGUCUAGUCCGCCGGGAAGUCUAUCCAUGGAAUGACCAUGAACCGGAUCGCUUCUCGCCCGAUUCCUUGCAGUCCUUGAAUGCCGCGCUGAAAGAGAUGGCCCCAAAGUGUGCCGUUCAAGUAGCGACUUUGCCAAUCUUGUUAGAAGGAGAGAGCGACACUGACAAUUAUGAAAUAAUCCCGACCUGCAAACAGCUUGGUGUCUUUGCCCAAGAGGAUAUCGAGGCUGGCGAGGUUGUGCUUAGAGAAUACACCCUCCUUACAGCCAACAACCGACACAAAGAUUCGGUUUGCGACGCCUGCAGCUCUGAGCUUGCCCCGCUCGGCAGCGAUAACCAACCCAUUCGGUGCGAAGAAUGUUACGAUACCGUCUUCUGCAGCCAAGAGUGCCACGAUCUAGCCCAAGAGCGCUAUCAUCCUGCUGUCUGCGAUAAAGACGUGGACUCUAUUGCCAAAGACCCUAGCGCGUUCGAAGCUGAUGAGACUCUGCACCUGCUUCUUCUUGCCAGAGUCUUGGCGAUAGCGGCCAAUGAGGAGAUUCACCCGUUGGAUGUGAGCGAGGUGAAGUUCAUCUGGGGUGACUUUGUUCCCUCUCGAUCCAACGAGAUCAACGUAUCGCCCAACGCUGGCCCUCCACCGGAAUGGACCCUCCCAUUCUCUUUCAAAUAUAACAUCGAGACACCGCUGCACAUCCUAGAGAAGAUGGAUGUAGAUAUCUACACCGGUGUGGAGGAAUAUGACCUGUGGGUUCUCAACACGCUGUAUGCCAAAUUCCGAGGAACGGCUUCAGCUCGCAAAAACCCUCGAGACGGGAAGCCAGACGUUGCCGCGGUUCAUCCUUAUUGGUGCCUAGCCAACCACGAUUGCGAUCCAAACGUCACUUGGGACUGGAGCGGCCGAAUGGUUCUCUCAGCAAGAAAAGAACGCGUCGUAGGCGGCAGACCCGGUGGCAUCAAGAAAGGAGAAGAGAUUCUGAACCAUUACUGUGACGUAACACUACCGGUGCAGCAACGACGCGAGUGGGCUCAGGGAAGUCUGGGAGGCUGGUGUAUGUGCGAGAGAUGUCGCACAGAGGCCGCAGAGAAUAGAACGACUGGAAAUGAAACAUCGGCGUAA